CAAGACUCAAGAUUAUUCUUUAAGAACAAUGAAUCUGAAUUCUUAUGGCCCUACUCUGAAGACCAAUACUAAAAAUAGUAUCUUUUGAGACUAACUUUGUAGCACGAUCUGGAAAGAUUUCAGAUUUCCCUCCUAUUAAGAUCCAGAUGGGGAAAGAUAUUGCUCCGAAUAAGUCUCUUUCUAGGAAUUUUAAUUCCAGUGUGGAGUCGAGAAGAGUUUCAGGAAUAGAUCAGAAUCUUCUUCCAGUUCCCAGAGCUUACCCGUCUAAAGAAGAAUUUAAGAAUAUGAGCUAUUUCAUGUCUGAAGCAGGUCAUAGCGAACUUAUUUCCAUCAGAGAAAACGCUGAAUCAAUGGGCCAUUUAAGUCAAAGCCAUUCAGAGAAAGAACUGGAUACUGCGAUUAAAGAUCUUACCAAACAUAACAAAAUAUUCAUUAAGAAAGGAAAUGUCGGGCUGAUCAAUCUGUUUAAAAAUCCACCAGAUCAAAUCAAGGAUAAGCUAGAGAAGAAGCUAAAGGUAGUAAAUAAUCUCAAGAGUGUUAAUAAGGCUGUAAAAUUAUCAAAGAGGCAAGAACGGUUUCUUUUUGAAUGAAAGGAAAUACUCAAAACAGCGAUUAAAACUUCAAAUUUUAACAUUUUCAAAGGUAUAAAGCUUACCAUCUCUGGAGAUCUCUUCCUUGGAGAAAUUUCUGAAGGUGAAGCUAAUGGCUACGGUAUCAUCCUGACCAAUAGAAACUCACUAAUAGAAGGCACUUUCAGUAAUGGAAUAAUUGAGGAAGGCAAAGUCAAAAUUCUUUACCCUGAUGGAGAAGUCUACAUCGGGUCAGUCAAGAAAGGAGGUUGAAGGCAAGGUGAUGGAGUCCAUUACUACGCUAAUGGAGAUAUCUACGACGGUGAGUUCCUUGACAACCAACGUGUUGGGAAAUCCAGACUCAGAUUUCACGAUGGCAGUGAAUACAUCGGUCAAUUCAUUGAGGAUACUGCUGAUGGUCAUGGGAUAUUCACUGAUAAGGAAGGCAACCGGUACAUGACUGUUGUUGAAGAUCAAGGUAGCCAUGUAGAUGGAUCAAUCCACGACAAAUCAUUUGUCAAUGGUUAUUUCCUUAAGGGAAAAUUAUAUGGAAAGGGAGAAAUCAAGUACAAAAGCGGAGACUGCUAUGUUGGUAUGCUCAAAGGAACCAAGAGACAUGGUAAAGGAAUAAUGACCCUAGUCACAAACAAACUUGGAACAGAUCGCAACGAUAUAGGAGAAUAUGAAGGUAAAUGGGUCAGAGACAAACGAGAUGGUAGUGGUCGGAUGAUAUAUGCGAACGGAGAAAUUUUUGAAGGCAUCUGGAAAAAUGACAAAAGGUUCAAAGGAGAGCUCACUGAAUCUAACGGCCAAACUUACGUAGGAAGGUUCUAUAACAACAAGUACCACGGCAAAGGUACUCUGACAUUGAACAAUGGGACUAUCCUUGCAGGGAACUUCGAGAAUGGAAUUCUACUUAACCCCGCGACAAUACAAUACACUGAUGGAAGAAUUUAUACAGGAGAAAUAUAUGGUUUUGACAUUGGUAGAAGAGGAAAACUAUCUUACCCAAGAGGAGAAGUCUAUGAAGGAACAUUCGAAGAUAAGCAUAGAGAAGGUGAAGGAGUUCUACUUAGUGAAGAUGGUAGCAAAUAUGAGGGCAGAUGGAAAAACGAUAAAUAAAGAUGGAUUCGGGAAAGAAUAUAACGCAUCUCUUAAUGAAUACUACGAAGGAAAAUUUGAAGGAAAUAAGAAAGAGGGCCUCGCUAAGUUUAUAAACAGAAGAGGAGAGAUAUUUCAUAGUGAAUUUAAAAAUAAUAAGAAAUCAUCCAAAGAUAAGCCGAAAGAAAAAAUAGAUAGGAAGGAGUAUGCACGCUUUAUCAAGGAAUUUCUCAAGCCAAAAGAAUCCACCCAGCCAAUUGUAAGAAUUCUGGCUUAA